CGAGUAUUUCCGAACGAAGCCAAUGUCAUGUCAAGUAAAAUGUGACGGGAGAGGGCCCCAUGUUUUGCCUUUUGUAAAUUUACUUGUUGAUUUUAAUAAGAAUUUAAUGAGAAUUUAGUGAACAAUAGUUAUAUCGCGACCAGGAUAGCUAUGUUAUAGUUGUACAAGUGCUCCAAGUGUUGGCGACUCAUCGUACCGCCUCUACAGCCGCCGAUUGUUCAGCAUUGCGGUGCGUCAUGGAGGACGACGUGACGUUCCUGUUCCAACUGGGCGUGGUGCGGGACGCGGUGGCGGCGCCGGCGCACCUGCUCACACUCGCACACCUCAAGGAUCUCGCCGUCAAAUUCGUUCAUGAUAAGAUACCAGACAACGGGCUGAACCGGCUGUCGGACCGCAUCCUCCUGUUCCGCCACGACUACUGCUCACCCAACGUGCUGCAGCUCAUCAACUCCGCAUCUGACGUCACUGACGAGACCCUCGUCGAGAUCGUACUCACUGCCAACCGUGAGUAUGGAUCGUUGCUUUGCGAUGGCGGUGCAGAAGUUGCGCCUGCGCCGCGACCUCACGCACUCUCCGUACAUUCGUACAAGGCACCUACUUUCUGUGAUUUCUGCGGCGAGAUGCUCUUCGGUUUGGUGAGACAGGGACUUAAGUGUGAAGGGUGCGGGCUAAACUACCACAAGCGUUGUGCCGUGAAGGUGCCGUCGAACUGCACGUGCCCGGUGUCUGCGGGCGCGGGCAGCGUGGGCAGCGCGGGCGCGCGCCGCGUGUCGGGCGGCGGCCGCAGCCCCAGCCGCGCCUCCACGCACAGCCACGCCUCGCACGACGACUCCCUGUUGGGCAAAGCGUCGCGGUCGCCGUCUCGCGCGGGCUCAGUGGGCGGCUGGAGCGGCGGGGGCGGGGGCGGCGCGGCCAUCCCCCACACGUUCGAGGUGCACUCGUACACGCGGCCCACCGUGUGCCGCCACUGCAAGAAGCUGCUGCGCGGCCUGUUCAAGCAGGGCCUGCAGUGCAAGGACUGCCACUACAACGCGCACCGCAAGUGUAUCCCCUUCAUCCCCAAGGACUGCGGCGGCGAGAUACGCGACCAGCACAGUGAGUCACGUCAGACUAACCUACAUAUCUGCAGCACAGGCGAGUACCAGGACAGCAGCACGGGCAGCGAGCUGUCGGAGUCGGCGCGGCUGCCCGACGAGGAGUCGGAUGAUGGCGGGAAUGAGGCCGCCGAGAGUGCCACCGGAGACGACGGAGAGGUGGAGCUCCGGCGCCGGCCCGACGAGCCGCAGCGCGACAGUCUGCCGGACCGGUCGGCCAGCCGGCCCAGCAGAUCUGACUCGUGUGCACGUUACAGUUCGUCCUCCUCGCCCAGCGCCAACAUACCACUCAUGCGCAUCGUGCAGUCCGUCAAACACACCAAGAAGAGGGACGGACAAUGGCUCAAGGAGGGAUGGCUCGUACACUUCACGAAUAAGGACAAAACUCUGAAACGUCACUACUGGCGUCUGGACAGCAAAUCGAUCACAUUGUUCACAUCGGAACAAGGCAGCAAGUACUAUAAGGAGAUCCCUCUCAAUGAGAUCUUGGCUAUCGACACCGCGAGGCAACCGCAUCCCGGGACAGACGUGAUGCACUGCUUCGAGGUGCGCACGGCGAACGUGGACUACCUGGUGGGCGUGGAGGAGGCGUGGGCCGGCGCCGCGCCGCCGCCGCCCGACUCGGGGCUCGGCGCAUACCUCGCGCGCUCCUGGGAGACCGCCGUCCGACACGCGCUGCUGCCCGUCACGCACCACUCCGUGUCAUUCCCGUGUAUAGCCGAGGCCCGCGGCUGCGCGCUGGCGGAGGCGGAGGGCGAGGGCAGCACGGACGAGCGCGUCACCGACAUGGCGCAGCUGUACCAGAUCUAUCCGGACGAGGUGCUCGGCUCCGGGCAGUUCGGCAUCGUCUACGGCGGCCUGCACCGCCGCUCCAAGAGACCCGUCGCCAUCAAGGUGAUAGACAAACUCCGGUUUCCCACCAAACAAGAAGCUCAGUUGAAGAACGAGGUGGCCAUCCUACAGAACCUGUCACACCCUGGCGUCGUCAACUUGGAGCGUAUGUUCGAGACACCCGAGCGGAUCUUUGUGGUGAUGGAGAAGCUGAAGGGAGACAUGCUCGAGAUGAUCCUGUCACAUGAGAAUGGAAGGCUCACGGAGAGAAUCACUAAAUUUUUGGUGGCACAGAUCCUGGUAGCUUUGAAGCACCUGCACGAGAAAAACAUCGUGCACUGUGACCUCAAACCGGAGAAUGUGCUGCUGUCCACGGAUGAGGAAUUCCCACAAGUCAAACUUUGUGAUUUUGGAUUCGCCAGAAUCAUAGGGGAGAAAUCUUUCAGAAGAUCCGUCGUCGGGACACCUGCGUACCUUGCUCCAGAAGUGCUGCGCAACAAAGGAUACAACCGGUCGCUGGACAUGUGGUCGGUGGGCGUGAUCAUAUACGUGUCGCUGUCGGGCACCUUCCCCUUCAACGAGGACGAGGACAUCAACGAACAGAUACAGAACGCCGCCUUCAUGUACCCACCUACGCCCUGGAGGGAGAUCUCCGCUGAAGCGAUCGACCUGAUCAACAACUUGCUGCAAGUGAAGCAGCGCAAGCGCCUGUCGGUGGACAAGUCGGUGGCGCACGCGUGGCUGCAGACGCGCGGCGCCUGGCGCGACCUGCGCGCGCUGGAGGCCCGCGUGGGCCAGCGCUACCUCACGCACCCCAGCGACGACGCGCGCUGGGCCGAGCGCUGACCGCCGCCCACACACACUCUACACUCGCUCCUACUCCAUUCUAGGUAUUACUGCGUUCCACGCGAUAUCUCCCCGAUUGUUAACGUAAUCACGACAUUUGUAAUAUGUUACAAACAAACAGCAACAACUAUAGGAAAGAAGUAUGUUUUUAUAAUAAACAUUUUAAUAAUUAAAUAGAGCCGACUAUAGGUCCAAAUAUGAUAUUGUUAAUGCAAGAUUUGUAUUUUAUAGAUGUUUUUACUGAGAGAGUUAUGGUACUUCUGCAAAUUCGAUGCACUUAGUGCUGUCUUUCGAAGUACCCAAUGAAGGUUGUCAAAUUACUGCAUUCCUACAUAGUAACCAACUGUUUUGUUUUAGCUGUUUUUAUUUAUUUGUGCGGUUUUUAUACUUAGUUUAAUUUGAAUAUUAUAUAACAUUACUGUUUGGAUACGAUGUUGUGAACAAUCAAAAUAUUAUUUUAAGUUAUUUACUUUUAAGUGUUAGGACGUUACUGUCCAAUAUUGUAUGUCACAAAUAGACAAGCUAGUGGACUUACGCAAGUUCUCUGUGCUGUAAGUUCAGCGAUAAUACAGGUAAUACUUCACAAGUCACAAACAAUGGUAACUAUAAUGAACGAAGCGCUUCCUUUUACAUACUUAGCAGGUUAACAAGUAAAGCUCCAUGCAGUCUGUUUGCCUAAUAAUUGAGUACAUAUUUGUUCGUGUAUUAAAAUACUUAAUUAACUUGUAAUAUUAUCUAACUCACUUCUUAUUAAGCGAAAUCCUAGUCUGUAAGAAUGUGAACUCUUAUCUUCUAAGUAAUAAGUACAUACACUAAUGUUAGAUUAAUAAUUUUGCAGCUGUUUUGUACAGUGUACAAUGUUUUAUGUUAUUUAUUUACUAAACAGUGUAGACGCGAUAUUAGUACAGUUUGAUAAUGUUUGUCGAUAUCGUCCUAUACCUAAUGCGCUCUAACAAGGUGCGGCUGACAGAUGCCAGUAUGACGUUGACGUCUCUCUUUAGGGAUGGACAUUAGAAAAAUCUUUUUUUAUCGCUAUCGAUACUCGCAGCAUACAUUUAAUUCUCUUGAAUUUUUUAUUAAAUGUGUGUGUUAUUUAGUUGUGCAGUCUAACUACGUGUAUAUACUUGUCAAAAUAAAUAUUUUAUGACCGAGCCCUGAGGUGUUUCAGAGUUACAGUUUUACAGAACCGUGAAGAAAACAAGGAUAUAUUAGUUUGUAUAUGUUGGAAUAGUACCACCACGCAUUAUCAAUGGCGCCGGAAAUGUCUAGAAAAAUGCCUACUACAUAUUUCUGCUCAGAUAAUGUCACUGUGGUUUGGGCAACCGCGUCUACAGUGGAUUUACCCACAUAAUUAAAGGUUUUUUAAGAAUGAUAAUUGAACGACGCACGAUUUUCGUUUUUUAUUCUAAAAAAACAUCGACUACCUAUCCAUCGUAGCCGUACAUCCCAUCACUAAACACGACUAUGGCUUUACGUUAUACGCAUAACACUUUACUUUAUUUUUCAUUUCAUUAGAUUUUAAUUGAAUACUAGAACAUUCCGGUUGGUUUUAAUUUAAUUAACUACGCAUCCGAAUGAUUUAACAUAAUACGAAUGUGAUACAGCUAAAAUAUUAAGGCAUAAUUUUUAAAUCGCAGCAACUUUCAAGAGUGAUACGAAACGUUACUGAAUCUGUCAGCCGCACCUUGUUAGAGCGCAUUAGGUAUAGUUACUGCUGGCGUGCGGUGACGGCAAACGUUACUAAGUAUUAGUUAUAACCAUCAAACUCUACUUUAGAGAUUAAUUUUAAUUCUUGUCUAGCAUUCAUGCAACAUGUAUGCUAAGCCUACAAUUCGGCGGCCUAAGAGGUUAUAGGAAUAACCUGAUACAAAUAGUCGAUAGUAAAUGAUGACAUGUUGUUGUAUCUUUAAUUAUAUUAAUGUUGUAGUAGUAAGUAACGGGUAUGGGACUGGUGACGAUGUAUGUGUUAGGUUAUACGCGGUCUAAGUAAUACUUACUUGUUUUUGAACUCUUAUUUUGUCAAAUUGAACAACAACUAGAGUAGUGCCAACGUUUUACAUUUGAACUAUACAUAUGGAUAUUUUGUUAUUAAUACAAUUUCUAUAAUAUAUUGUUAAGAUUUAUUUUUGAAGAAAAUGACAGUCUUCCCUGUUUUGUUACAAGUACACUCAAUUCUAAGUACAUAGAUUUUAGCAAUAUGAAAAAGUUAAUGUUUUUAAUUACUUUACUUAAUAUUGUUUUAGCUCUCAUCACAUACAUUUUAAGAAUAUUACGUAUGACAAAAAUAUCGAUUAUAACAAAUGUUUUGAUAUUAGGAAUCAUUCAUGCGGAAGAAAGAUUGAUAGGAGGUGGAGUAAUGCUGUGAAUAUUUAUUGAUAACAACGCAUUGCGUUGGGGUAUGGCCUGUGUUUGCAAGCGGGUAACUCGACAAUAUUUUACAUGUUUUUCUGCCUCAACCGCCUUACUUCCAACUGUAUGUAGCCAUGUCGAUUAUACAAGACACGUGUCACGUAAUUUUGCCGCUAUAUGCGGGAUCUGACAAAAUCCAUGACAUCUGUCUUGCUGGUGUGUGACGUAGGUGUGCUAGGGAUACGUGACAGAAGGGACCUAAGUUGUGGUAUACGUCGUCAGUAAGUGUGUUUAUAUGUCACAAUAAUGUUGUUGUACUGUUCUAAUCUGAGCCGUCAUUCCAAGAGAGAGCUAACUGGGUGAGUCUGUGACUACGCGGUAUUCCUCCAUUGUUAGUAGAAUAAUGUAAGUUAUAGUAUAGUGGCAACAACCAAGUGCAAAAUAUUUGCUAUCUUCCGAGUGUUGCAACGUUUAUAUAAAAUUCGCCGAGUGAGCGUGUUAUUAGCAUAAUAUAUGGAAUAUUCCCAAAUAGUCCACUUGACUCAUUCCCAUUCGCGCAUUUUACUUGAAACUGUGAUUUUUAUACAUUUAUUUUUAUAAACUUUACAAUAUUUUGCAAUACAAACUUGUGUUUUCUGUGAUCUCGUUGCGGCGUUCCGGUAAUUGCAGCUAGCUCGUGAAAUUAUUUAUAAAUAUAAUUAUAUAUCUAGAUGUCUAUGUUGUCGAUGUUAUGUGUAAUGUGCUAAUCUUUAUCAUUAAUCUUAUUGUCUUACUAUAUAAACUCUGUUGGCGACAGGUCGGUGUAGCAAUGUUCUAGCCAUGUGCCAAGUGUGAAGUGCCAAGUACCCAGAACAUGUUACUAGUUUUCGCUACGUAACAGUUUUAUGCAAAACUCAAUCAAGUUUUAUAUAUUUUCAAAACACUAAUUCUGUUUCUGGUAUUUUCUCUAUCAUUUAUAAUUUUGUUUUUAACCCACUUGUAGCUUCUAAUUUCAACUUUGAUGAUAUUAAAAUGUAUAACCACGGCCUACGUUCUGAUGUUCGUACUGCCAUUGCCCCGUCGACCUGCCGCGACACAUGCUGCGUACUGACAUAGCGGGAACACUUUCCUAGAUGUCGCCACUUUCCAAGGUGCGUUUAGUUGUUCGCUAUCAUUUGUACGCAAGUUUGUUCAUUAAACUAUACAUUUCAAUUGUCAAUUUUGACCUGUUAAUGAGUAAGUGCUUGUUGUGAAAGCUACUGUAUUAGUAUUAUGAUUGUCGGAAUGUGCUUAUUGCAUAUACUUAUUUAUUUUAUUUUAAAACUGCGUAAAUUACUAAACUGUGAAUAUGUAUUUCUAUACAACAAAAUAUUUUUUUAUAUUAUUUACUUUAUUUAAAGUCUUCCUUUUAAUAUAUUAUGCACAAAAAAGAAGAGGAUAAUGUAGAUAUAUAUUAUUUAAUAAAUUUUACUCAUAUGUAUAUUAUUUUGUAACUUGUGAAUUUUGGACCAAACCACACGUUGUAAUCGUAGAGUGUAACAUUAUAUUUAUAUCAAUCAAUUUUUUUGGGAUCAAAUUUUGAAAAGAUCAGUUUGUGAAUCCGCUGUAUUGUUGUGCCAACGUAAAUCUACUAGAAUAAUCGGAAGAAUAGGUUGAAACUCAUUCAAACGCUUUAUUAAUAUUAAAUUACCGUACUUAUAUAUUGGCCAAGAAUUAUACUGAAACUAGGUAUUUUAUUAUGAAAGUGGUACACCAUAUGGGGCAAAGAAUAACUGAUUAUAUCAAAAUAUAUUUUGUUGAACGAUAUGGCUUAAACUACAAUGGUUGAGAAUUUUAGGAAGAAGACUGGCUCUGGCAUCGAGCCCACCUAAUAUGUAUAUGACGAUAUUCUGACUUCCAAAGUUAUCAGGCACCAUUGUAACUUGAGCCGUAUAAUGUGGUAUUAUGGUUGCUUCCAGCAUAGUACUGAGUGAGAGCACUGAGAGCUUGCUGGGCGGUGUCGGUGUUCGCACGAGUUGGCUUUACAAAAGACAUGUAAAUUGAUCGUCAUUAAAUCAUGUUUAGAAAUUGCAAUGUGGUUACAAAUAUAAUGUUAUAGUAGUAUCAUAAGUAACAACUAAGUACCAACUUCAAUGCAAAUGGAUUCUUGACUAAAGUUUAAAUAUAAACAUCUGCGAUCAUAUUACAUGUGAACAACAUACAAAAUUCGUCGUUUCUUCAUAUCAAAUGACUUGAUUCGAUAAGUAUAUUGUAUAUUUGAAUGUUGUAUAUGAAGAAGCGUCGGACAGUAUGGUAAAUAAGUAGCCCGGCCUAUGUAGGUAGGUACACAGAGACGACACAACCCGUGUGCCCCGUGUUGAUGUUUUAGCAUAAGAGAUUAAUUAAUAUUUGACAGAUUUACAAAUUGUGUUAUUAUUAAUUAUUUAAAUAAUAAAUGCCGUUUUUUAAUAUAAAGAAA